GGGAUUGAAGAUUGCAAUACAGCAGCAGUGCACUUGAGGCUACACUAGGGGCGGAGUUUGACCUCUCAAGUCUGAAAACAUCACUAAUCCGCGUCGGACAUUCUGGCACAGGCCAUCACUGGCCUCGUUAGUACAGAGAAAGGGAGCAUUUUUCAGCGAAAUAACACUGUCCUGACCGGGUGUGUGUGUCAGCACACAUCGUUUCGAGCUGCCUCCUGUGUGCGUGUCGGAGGGAUUGGGAAUGCUGCACUACGACGGAUAGUGCGUUUAAUGCGUCCGGAGAUAUCUGCAGUGUUUUCUAGUCAGUUUUAUUGGGAGGAAUCGAGGAGAACUGUGGCGAUUUGCGCGUUGACAGCUGGACCGCCCUGCACCUUCAUUGGAGGCAGUGAAGUGCCCGCUUCCCUUUAAGAUACUGUCCAGUUGCCAUUCAAUGUCCAGUAGCACGUGGCUGAGGCUGCCCUGUGGCUGAUCCCGAUGAUGCUUUCAACUAACCGCUCCGGGGGUGCGUGGGGAUGAAAUGGAUGGAGCCCAUGGCCAGACCAGCGCACCAGCUCCCACCUCACAGCAUGUCGAGCCGCAGCAAGUCUCCCCCCAACUCCGGAGAAGCUGCAGGCUCUAACUCCAUGGCAUGGGUGAAGAUGUUUAGAAAACCUGGAGGAGGCCUGAAGAAAUCCUACCAGCCUGGGAGCAUGCUGUCCCUCGCGCUCACCAAAGGCCUACUGAAUGAGCCCGGGCAAAACAGCUGCUUCCUAAACAGCGCUGUUCAGGUGCUCUGGCAGCUGGACAUCUUCAGGAGGAGUUUGAGGCAGCUCUCAGGCCACUUCUGUCUCGGUGAUAGCUGCAUAUUCUGUGCUUUGAAGAGCAUCUUCAGCCAGUUCCAGCAGAGCAGAGAGCGUGUGCUCCCCUCUGACAGCCUGCGUAACGCGCUAGCUGAAACUUUUAAGGAUGAGCAGCGCUUUCAGCUCGGCCUGAUGGAUGAUGCCGCUGAGUGCUUUGAGAACAUCCUGGAGCGGAUUCAUUUACACAUAGUUUCAGACGCGUCGACAGACGCAUGCUCAUCCAAAUCCUGCAUCACCCAUCAGAAGUUUGCCAUGAUGCUUUAUGAGCAGUUUGUGUGUCGCUGCUGUGGAGCAUCGUCAGACCCUCACCCAUUCUCAGAAUUCGUACAUUAUGUCUCCACCACUGCGUUAUGCCAACAGGUUGAUCGCAUGUUGGGGAAGAACGAGCGACUCAGGUCAGACAUGUUUGGAGAAUUGCUGCAGGCAGCAAACAACACAGGUGACCUCCGAAGCUGCCCGAGUAACUGUGGUCAAAGUAUCAAGAUCCGCCGUGUGCUCAUGAACUGUCCAGAGAUCGUCACCAUUGGAUUUGUAUGGGAUGCUGAGCAGUCUGAUCUCACGGACGAUGUCAUUCGGUCACUUGGCCCACGAUUGAAUCUGUGUGGGCUUUUCAACCGUGUCACUGAUGAAAACGCCAAACGCAGCGAGCUUCAUCUGGUGGGGAUGAUCUGUUUUUCAAGUAAACAUUACUCAGCCUUCGCCUAUCACACCAAAUCUUCAAAAUGGAUGUUUUUCGAUGAUGCUACUGUAAAGGAGAUUGGAUCCAAAUGGAAAGAUGUUGCCUCUAAAUGUAUCAGGGGACAUUUCCAGCCUCUUCUGUUAUUUUACACUAAUCCUGAAGGAUCUCCAGUGUCUAAUGAAGAUGCCCCAAGACAAACCACUAUGUGUCCUCGGUACAAAACUCAGAUAAAUGGUGACAUGACAGCGAAACAUCCCCUUGACAGUCCGAACAAACUUCAGGAUCCCAUCAUGGAGCAUUUGCAGAGGCCAAGUGAAACGUCCAAAAAGGAUCGAGGGCAUCGGAAAACAGACUCAUCACAACACAAAGAGAUGGCACAUGCAAGAUCUCUAUCUCCUCCAGAGAGUGGACCCAGGCCACCUGUGGACCAAAAAUGUAAAAGCUAUCCACGAGCUGAAAAGUUAUCGAACCAUUCAAGCAGAGGACCUCAGGAGCAGCGUGGUCAGUCCUUCGGUACGCAGGGUGGAGGGCAUGGCCACAGGAACAACACCUCCCCAAGUCGCAAUGAUCAGGAUGGCUGCCAUGAGCAAUGGGAAAAAGGUGGAGGUGAAGGAACCCGCAAUAAGUCCAAGUCCACUUGGAGACCCAUCCGGGAGGUGUUAAAUGUGGACACUGUGCUAAACGAACUGGAGCAGCGGCGUCUGCAGCAGCACGACAGCCCGCGACACAGCAAGCCUUCAUCCCAGGAAAAAGCGCACACGGAACAAAGCAGAGACCACGAGCGGGAAUACGUGCGAACCAGAGAAGAGCGGAAGCAGAAGUGCUUAAUGACUAUAUAUGAGGACGAGCAGCGGCAUGAGACUGAGAGCCACAGCUCUGUAGAGUCAGAGAGCAGGGCCAACCAACAGAGGGGCAGCAGACUCAAAGGGGGCCCCAAGACGCUGCUGCGUAGCGACACCUGGACAUUCCAAAGGACGGAGUCUGGCUAUGAGAGCAGCGAUAGACUCAGCAGUGGCUCCACCAAUCCCGACUCACCUGGCGUCGAUGGCUUUGUGGUUAAAGACCAGAGAUCAACAUCAGAGGCACAGUCGCAAAGUCAGCUGCACCAAAAAGGAGGCGAUGCUAAAUCAAGUUCAACGUCCUCACCUUCACACAAUGGUAAACAUCAACCCAAACCUCAGGGAAAGAACCAUGACCAAGUUUCACAUUCACAUCUAAAGUGCAGUCCAAGUUCGAGACGGAAAUCAAAGAACACUAGUACCUCCAGAAAAGCAGUAUCCUCAGAGAGGGACUCCGCUGGUUCAGAUAACAGGCAGAGUGAGCAGCAGGAUCUGACAAACUGUCGAGGGCACUCUGGAGAAAGUACAGCCCAGAGGCACUUUACAAAAACCAGCAGCUCCGAAUGGAACAGCUCCGAUGAUCUGGCUCUCUCUGAGCCCGAGGACAGAGAAAACUCAUAUCGCUCCAGCAACAGCGAGGCCUCUGAAUCUCAGUGUCCUCCCAUGACACUGCCCUACCACCCUCCCAGCAAUGUGACUGCUGAACCUCUCCAACUGAACUCUCAGCGCCAGCUCGGCAUAACAGGGUCCCCUCACCUUCGGACGACUCCACGGAUCACUGCUCACCAGGGAGAAACAAGCCACGCAGUGUUUCGUCCAAGGAUGCUUCAAGAACCCUUUCCAUCGAGUCCUCGUCUUUCAUCCACGUCUUUUGUUAGUCUUCACAGGAGGCCCGACAUUUCAGGCCUCAGAACCUUCUCAGAUGCAAGCUCCAAGUCGGGCUCUGACCCAGAGAGGAGUACACCAUCGUCAUGUGAAAGUGAGGAAAGACUGACCGGAUGCAGAUUGGAACAAGCAACGCCAGCUCAAGAGGUUUCUCUGACAACAUACUUCACUGUGGAUAACUGUAUGACGGAAACAUACCGUCUCAAGUACCACAACCAGAGGCCUCUUGUCCUCUCAGCCACGGUGCCGCGGACAGUGGUUGUGACUGAGCGCAGAGAUACCAGCCACACACUCCCCACUGACACAUACUCACAAGAUGUGCCAAAAGCCAGACCUGAAACAAAUCACAAACCGACUGUUAUGGGCCAUAAUAGCAAUAAGCCCACUGCAAAAUGGAACCCAGUGACAGCCAAAGGACUGGAUGAACGUGGUUUUUUAUGAGUGUUACUUGGUAAGGUUUGUUUACAAGGAUGGACAGUGGUCAGUAGAGUACUAACUGGAUGCCAAAGAGUUUACAGAAUGAAAACAUGUCCUGCAGUGCGUCUUCUCCAAAUUGAGUGGAAUUUAUUUAUGCAAGCUUGUCACAUAAGUAAAACCUAAUUUUGAUGCUGUUGCGUAUAGUGUGAUGGAUUGUCAACUAUCACAUAUACAGUACUGUCUUCCAUUGUCCCGCAGUAUUGCUGCAAGAAGAUUUUGUUUUAACCAAAAUCUGGACUGUUUUGAGUUUGCACAAAGGGUUCUUGAGCCUUUAUUACUCUUUAAAAUCAUUUUCUGUCAAGUUUAAAAUGUUUAUUUUUUUAUUUGUUUAGUAUUUCCGUGCUGCAGAUAUAUUAAUGUAUUUACAGAAAGGCUUGAGAGAUUAUGGUCUGUGCAGGUGAAAGAUGUGUGAUGAUUACAGCAUGUUGACGAGCAAAGUGUUAAAGAAUAAAAAUAUGAAUAUGAUGUCUUCUACACAAUGAAAUAAAACCUGCAGGUCAAAGGUUUGCAUCAUCGGCAGCAGCUUUAGGGUGUAAGGAGAAAUAUCUGGGUAGAUCACCUGUUAUAUGCACAUGAGGGCUUUAGGUCACCAGGGAACAGACAUUGCAACACUUGUGUUUCUUCAGUUACUGAUUGUUUGUAAUGGUUAUCUUUGUCAGUUAUUUGCAACGUUUUUUGUGUUAAUGAAUGGCUGGAGGUUGCCCAACUGCAGUCACUUUUAAGAUUUCUUCUGCCUCCAUUCAUGAGUAUGUAUACAUCUUUUCUUGACAUGUGAUUAUGCGUGGCUAUGUUCAGUUUCUUGCAGCCUACAAAUCCUAAAGUUUGAUGACUGAUGUACUGAAGUUGGGGCAGCCUUUGUGUUAUUCAGUAGGUCACUGUAUACUGUACCACCACGUCACCUUGUGUGUUCUACCUUCAAUUGUGCUGAUUCUUGUAAUCCUUUUUUGUAAUUCACAGUGAUGUCAAAUUGUAUUUUUUCAGUCUUCCUUUUAAAGUAGACGGAUUUAAACAGGUCUGUAUUUGCAGGUAUUUUCAUAAUGAUGCCAUUAUAACUAAUAUGCCUAUCUGAUAUUGACCAUAAUACACAUCAAUGAUUCUUGUUCGUAAGACUAAUGUUCUGAAACCUGCAUGUGGCCUUUACAAAGUCUUACCAGCUGUGUGUACAGCAUAAGCAUGAGCAUGAUAAUAAUGGACUUUAAGUCCAACAAACAUCAAUUCUAUUGGAUUUUAUUUAAUUGUAAUAAAAUCAAUUCAUUAAAUACCUAUUUGUAACUACAGUGGAUUUGAAAACUUUUUUCAACCUUUGAACGUUGUUCCCCUCUCUUGCUCAUGCAACGACACAUACUUGUAAAUAUGAACAUAUUAAGACAAUACAUCGGGAAACUACCAGAUCAAGGCAUAGUAUGCGUUCACUAAAGAAUUACCAAUAACGUUUGAAGAAUUAUGCAUUUUUAGGCUUUGUAUUCUGUUCAUUUGACAUUCCCGAGAAUGCAAGUGUUGUUAAAUGUUAGGAUAUUAAUAUCUAUAUAUUUUUUACGGACUAGAUUGCCAAGUCUUUUCCUCAACAUCCUGCCAUUUAUGCAUAUUCUUUAACUUUGCAUUUUUGUCUAUCCGUAACAACCUUUGUCCAGAUAUUUUCAACUAUUCCAGCCACACAUUUGGUCACUAAAUCUUCUGUUUGUUUGUGUUUAGUUAGUGCCGUCUGAAACUAAAGGACGGUGUGUAUAUCCACACCUUCACCCGCAAUUUAUAUAAAAUAACACAGUUUAAGAAUGCCUUUACACAAAAUAGUGUUGUAGUAGUAAUAAAUCACAGAUCUUACUGUUAUAAUAACAGAUCUAAUACAUUCAAUGGCAAAGAAACCGCUAAACUAUUGAUUUAGAUCAAUUUCAAUUAGAAUAUAUGUUGUCUUGCAUGCAAGUGUUUUUAUGUGUUUUGUAUAUGCUUCUACAAGCGAUUAAUUUAAUAUGAUUUAUUUUGCUGAUUCAUUUUUAGACUAAUAAUUUGGGAAAAUAUCUGAAAUAAUCGAAAAUACAAAUCCCAGUUUUUAAACGUCAAAGGUGGCAUCUUUAAAUGUCUGGUUUUGACAGCCAAACACUCAAGAUAACCAUUUUAAUAUGAUUUAAAACAGAAAGGACAUAAUAUCAAUAUUUGAGAAGCUAAAUACAUUUUCUGUUAUUUUUGCAUUUAAAACAAAUAGUUGGCACUUACUUUUCUUUAAACAAACUAAAUGAUUAGUCCACUAAUCAUUUUACUAUCCACAUGUGACUUUUGAUUAUAUUAGUUAUAAUUAGGAUUGUUUUCACAAAAGUUUUAUUUUACAUUUCGAACAGUCUGUCAGUUGUAUCAAGAGUGCCUUGACAUUUUUCAUGUGAUUUGUGAGUGAAACCAUAGUUGGGGACUGAAGGGGAUUUUUGAAAGGGAUGAAGGGUUUCAUGCAAAACUUUUUAAAUAUGCAAUGCUGACAGUGACAUAUCUGAUGACAGCCCUCCGUGUGCACCAUUGUACUGUGUGUGCCUGUGUGUGUUUGAGUAUAAGGAAGGGGGGAGGGAUGUGUUCCAGUUACAGUAUUCCUCAAAGCCCUUUUAGACUUGGAAGCUACAACUACAGCUGUAAACCCACUGUUCACUCUGCAUCCAGGUGCAAUAAGCAAAACUUUGACAUGUUGAAAUGCAGCUGCAGAAAAUGGGAAAGCUGUGCUUGUACGCUUAAAAGAGCCUCAAUGUAUACCAGGGUUGCGUCAGUUUGUGUCUGAUUGUGUGCGAACUUAGAAAAAGAAGCUGAUAAUCGUUUCUCCUCAUGCAUCCAUGAUUCAUAGUCGUCAGUCAAAGUAAGGGUUAUAUAAUCGAGGGGCAGAGAGCUUUUUUGUCCUGUGUCACAUAACGUCACAGUUGGCAUUGCAUCAAAGCAUUUCCUUUAUCUAAUACACAGGGACAGAACCUAAUUAGGCUGUAUUGCAUCAACACUCAAGAACAAAGGCCAACUUUGCCCAGCAUAUCACUGAUUUUAUCCAAUAAGUUACCAGCUAAUGUGUUAGAACUAUUCAUCACUGAAUCCUGGUGUCAUACCUCUGAGUGUGGUUCGGAUUUGGCCUGACACAGUCCUUAUUUAUGGCAUAGUGUUAAAUUGAGUUGUUGGUGCUUCAGUGAAUGCUUCAUUACCUGUGUACGUACAGAUCAUUUUAAGGAAACAUACAAUCUCUCUACACUUUAUAUUUUUGUAGAUAAUAUAUAUUUAUUUUUAUUCGUUGUUGAAUAAAGUUUAAAUUAUUGUGUCA